CGACAUUGUGUAGCAGGGAUAUGUUGUCACACCACGUUAUAGAUUUCGUUUUGUUCGUAUUGGGAACCAUGUACUUUAUUCUGAAAUGCAUUCACGUUGUUGAUUUUGGGUUGCCGCGUGCACGCCUGAUGACGUCAUACGUGGAAAACGCACCAAGACGGAAGAGAAAUCCAAGUUCGCUCUCUUUCUGCAGAUUUCUUGGAGUAGGGAGGCAAGGCAGAAAGAGCAUCACUGUCACCUGUCUGUUUUUCUCACACAGAGAGAGGAGAGAAGUGACAUCCCCAAAUAAAUAAUGGAUCUUCAAAAGACGACUGUUUCGUGGAAAUUCAUUUUUAGUUAAAUCACAACGCAGAAAUCACAACGCACCACUACAAUUGCCCGAACGAUGAGUACGGCUCGGUCAGACGGGUCAACUUGAAAAUGAUGUAAAAUGUUGGCGUUAACGUGGAUUUACCUUGUGCUUUUGUUUUUUCCCAAGAUUAAAGCCAUAUGGGUCAUUGGUCAUGAUGUGACUGUGACAGCAGGAGAAGAUGUACAGUUAUUCUGUCAAGUGAUUGAGACAGCAGAGACUCUAACAAGUAUUAAGUGGCAAAGACGAACAAAGGAAAAGCCAACAAAUACAGAUUUGCUGGUUAUCACUUCAGAUGGCAGAGAGCAACGUGUAAAUGGGUUAAGGGAUCGAGUAAAAUUCACAGCGAACUUCGCAGGACUGAACAGCUUAAUUCUUCUAAGUAAUGUUACUGUUUUAGAUGAAGGAAUCUACACCUGCAUCUUCAGUGUAUUUCCAAGUGGAACUUGUAAAACAGAAGUUCGUCUCACAGUACAAGUUCCUCCUGUUGUCAGUGUGAGCGCUGAUGUUCCUGCUGUUGCUGGUGAUAGUGAAGUGGUUUUAGCGACCUGCACUGCAGCCGACGCAAUGCCUGCAGCAGAAGUGUCGUGGAGUCUGGGUGUUUUAAAUAACUUGGUGAAAGUACAAAACACUGUCACUAUGGACUCUGAAGGAAGAUACACUGUUAAAAGCAGCCUGAUUGGAAAUGCUUCCAAAGAUCUAAACCAGAAGAAUGUUCAGUGUGUAGUUACACACCCUGGUCUGAAGGACAAACUGGAACUGAGUUACACAUUGAAUGUUCACUAUCCUCCUCAGGUGGUUAAAAUUAUUUCAGCAGGUGAUCAAGGGGACACUCGUGAAUUUCAGUGUGAAGCAGAUGCUAAUCCAAAACCUACAAACUUCACCUGGAGCAGAUAUUUUCCAGUGAAAAAGACUCUUUCCAGCGGUGUUAAUAGCAGACUGAUGAUUCAGCUGACCCCUGACAGUAACGGCCUUUAUUACUGUGAGGCAUCUAACCAGUAUGGGAAAUCUGUAGGUUCCUUCUACCUGUUUUUUAAACCAUAUACAGAAUCCAAAACCUGCUGGACUCUGUACAUCAUAACCCUCAUUGCUGGGGUUUGCUGUUUUCUCAUUUGGAAAUUAAAUUUACCUCAGCGUGUUAUGAAUAUACUGCAGUCUAAGAGCGGUGAUCCUGUGUCCACUGAAUCUUCAGACCAGGAAGAGAUGCACUGACGUUUAAAUCAGAUCCAAACCCCUCUAUUGGGACCAUACCUUGACGUGGUGGAGGGGCUUAUUCUUCAAGUUAAGGAGAAACCAAAUGGUCCCACAGGUUUUGUAACCUACAUAUGUCAAUAUUAAAAGUGGUCGUAACACCAUAAUAUUUGUUGACUUGUCUGCUGUCAUAAGCUGAUAUGAGAUGUCUGACUGUCUUCAGACGACGGCUGAAGACCUAACUCUUCCAGAAUCACUUAAACUAGCUUUUAUUUUUUCCCUGUUUGUUUUGUGUAUUGUUGUGUGUUGUAUGUACAUAAAAAAAACUUGAGUUUUUAGGCUGAUGGUAUCUUAAGUCUGUGACCUACUGAACCAGUGUUAAUGUAUUCAUUGAUAGAGACUUCAAAGCAUUUUGUACUGGAUAAGAGCAUCUGCCAAAUGCCAGAAAUGUAAAUGAACCCAUCCUCAUUUUGGUGAAACUGGUACAGUAAAUAUUGCAAAUGUAAAUGUAUUUUGUACAACUGUUUGUAUUUUAGUGGAAAUGUACAACAGAUACAGUACUAGUUAAAUUAAAUAAAUAAUACACAGGCCUCUGUUUAA